CUCUCUUGAAGCCACCUAGCGGCGACAGCGGGAAUCAGGCUGUCGUCUGCACGUCAGCUGUCAAGAUGGACCGCAGUUAGCAUGUCGUGCUGUCAAACUAUGUGUGAAUGGCUGAUGUGAGGGAGUAAUUGUGGUAGAAGCCAGAGUUACCUUUUGUCAAAAUUGGAACUCCUUCCAACCUGCCAACAAAAUGCUUGGUGCUUUCUUGUGGAACCUAUUUAUUUUUGCUUCGGGUGCAAUCAGCAUUUUAAUAUCAGCAUGGUGGUGGAUAACAAGUCAAGAGGAACUUGCACCGGAGCCCAAACGCCGGCCAGUGAUUAACUCAAGCCUGCCAGAAGAUCUGGCAGAGAAACUACGAGCAGAUUCCUACCACAAAAGGGAAACAUGCUUUGCUCUGAAUCUGAUUCUUCAGUUUUUCUUUCAGGAGAAGCGCUAUGAAUCGGGAAUUCUCAGAUGGGUCACCAACCAGCUGACCCUUGAAUUUAAUGAGUUGCUGAAACAUAAGGCCCUUUCAAAGGUCAUUCACAAUAUGCAGAUAAGAGAUCUAAAUUUGGGCACUAACUUCCCUGUGAUCAAGGCGGUCACAGCCAAGCAUGUGAAUCUCAAUCCAGACACUUCGGUUCUGGAACAAAUUGAUAUCUUAGUGGAAGUUGAAUACAAUGGAGGAAUACAGCUUGCAGUUGAUGCCUCUUCUAGACUGUCCAAAGCUGCAAUGGUUAAGAUUAAAGUUGUUCACUUAUCUGGCAAUGGGAGACUCCAGUUUUCAAGACAUCCAUUUACACACUGGAGCUUUUCCUUUUUUGAGGAACCUCAAGUUGAAUUUGAAGUGUAUUCUAGCUUGGGUCUACACAUUCCUCGCUUCAACUCCAUCAUCACCUCCCAGCUGCGAGGCAUCCUGAAGCGAAAACACACAUUGCCUUACUUCAAGCUUCGAGGGCCACCGUUGAUCAAGAGGCCGCUGCAACCAACCAACGAAGAAGGCUGUUCCGUCCCUCCAGGAAGGUUGACUGGGGCUGUGGUCAAGUGCUCUAGGCUGCAGACUGCUUUAAUUGGUGAAGUGAUGUACUGUACUGUGAUACUGUGCGAAGUUCCUAUUGUUUGUGCUGUGGAGAAGCCAUCAGGAGUGUGGGCAAUUCUAGACCUGACCCUGAAGCGGCCCCAUGGUUCAUCAGCUGGAAUACUGUUGCACAAUGCGGAUGAAGGAGUCCAGAUGGUUGAAUCAGUCACCCAGUGUUCUCCUGCUCAUGCUGCAGGACUCAAGAAGAAUGACAUCCUACUGGCUGUCAAUGGAACUUAUCUGCACUCUGGCCAUCAGGCUGCAAAACUUUUCACCACAAACAACAUUAAUGGUGAUAGCAAUAGUAUUCUCUUGAGGGUGAAGAGACUUAUUCUUCCAGAAUCUAAAAAGAUGGUAGCUGAACAAAGAGCCGUUGGUUCAGAUGGUGCUACAACAGUUGUCGGGGAGGAUACCACAGGUAGACCUCAAGUAACCUCCUGUGGCCAGCCUGUUGUCUCACCUUGCACUGCAAGCAGUAGCUAUAGUGGCGACAAGUCCUCUAGUGCCUGGGUAGAAUCCUCAAGUAGUGGUACCUCUGGUUGUGGUGGAAGUGGUGAUGGUACUGCUCGUGGUGGGGCGGGAUUGUCACGUAGCUGUGGUGUAGGUAGUAUUAGUCGUGGUGGUGGUGUUGGUAGAGCCGGAGGAGGUGGCAAUGAGACCAGUAGUGCCUCCUCGGGAACCAGUGGUGGUUAUUAUGUGAACGUUGGUAGCUGUAGUCGUGGUGUUGGUGGGAGCUAUAGGGGUGUGGACUACCCCAGUGCCUCCUCCUGUGUUGGCAGUGGUGGUGUGGGGAUGUACGUGGGGAGUAGCAGUGGUGGUACAGAAGAUGAGGGUGUGCUUGGGGGUUCACGUGCUGUUAGCCCCUCUCACUUGCUUGCUGGGUUAAUGGGAUCCCUCAACGGAAGCCGGCCUGCUAAGCACCGCUCUCUGCCAGGCUCACCUGUCCUGCAACGCACCAGUAGGAACCGUGUUAACUCAACACGUGAUGGUGAAAUUAGUGGAAGUGGAAGAUCUACACCAGACUCAAGCCACAACAGUAGUCCUGAGCUAAAGAGAAAGCUCUUAGACCUGCAUACUCUCACAGUAGAUUCAAAACCUACUGUGCCUGGUCAGGAUAAGUCCCCUGUAGCAGCCUCAGUCAACAAGACUAUUCCUCGUCCUGUGAUCGGGGUUGGGCCAGAUAAAUCUCCAGGCCCAGGAGCCGGAAGCCAGAGUUUUGGCACAUCUCAGUCAGGGGUUGAAAAGCCUCCCUCUAAUCAGAGUAGUAAGGCUGGAACCCCAACAUCACCAGACUCCCUAAUGGGGCUUUCCAACCUGGAAAAACGUGGUGGAAGAAGAUACAUGGGGAAGAACAAGACUCAUCUUAAAAGUAUUCAAACACCAUUUGUGGAUGGAAGUAGAGAGCCAAUGUUUGACAGUGACUUUGAAUUUUGGUUAGAGGAAGAAAACAAAUAUCUGAGCAUAGCCAUCUGGAGUAGAAACAUUACUUCUGUAAAGCCAGAUGAGGACUUUGGUUUCAAGGAUAGUAAAGACAAAUCUAAGACAAAGGAGAAUGAAAAGGACAGAAGAAAACAAAAGGAGAGUGAGAAAGCCAAAGCCAGAGAAGAGGUUCUAGCAGGGCUCACAGAGGACACCCUGAUGGGCUAUGCAAACCUACCCCUGAUCUCCCUCAUACCAGAAACAACUCUCAACACCCAAGGCCAUGUCACAAAGAUCCUGACCUUGAACCCACCGCACCCAAAAUGCCCGGAAAUGAUCUCCGACUCUCUGCUUACUCACAAAGGCUUUGACAUGAAACUCUGUUAUGGGGAUGUCAUGCUUUCAUUAACUUACCAGCCACAAGACAGGUGUGAAACUCUUGGACGUGGUAUAAUUGACAAGAAUUAUGCUAGCAGUGCGGGAUCAAUUGAGGAUGAUGGAAGCUCAGAGAUGGAUCAUUUGAGGACACAUUCAAUCUGGUUGAAGGAUGCCUACCAAUGUGGUGAAUGUGGAAUCAUUUGCCACAAAAAGUGUAUGGUGCGAUGCGAACAGGAGACCGUGUGUGCAUCUGCUGGUCUGCGCUACCGUGAUCCCUCCAGAAAUGAACCCCAGGAUGCUAGAGAUGUUAAGGAGAUGCCUGAGAUUGUCACAACAGCUGCUGUGGGUUCAGCAGAUAAUGGAAGCCCAGGGAAUACUCCACCUGUGUCUCCACAUACCCAGCGUCGCACUCUGGGCAGCCUGUUUGCUCAGGUAGCGAGUGCCGGCAAGGGUAGUUUGAAGCGUGCCGGCUCAGCCCAUAACCUGGCUCCCCCAAAUCCUUCUCACGAUGGAAUACUCUCUCGAUCACUUCCCCCUUCUCCUCCCCACUCACCCCAGCAAAGUAGGAAGGCCUCGUUAAGUGAGGGAGCCAAUCCCUUCGUGAUUGACACAGAUGAAGGGGACACAGUAGAGACAGUGCUCGACCGCUUGCUUCUCUUCCCACAUGAUGAGCGUCUAGUUACACUGGCCAGGGAGUCAGCAAAGGACCUCCAUUCUGUCUUGCCUGGAGCAGAGAGAAGAGAAAGAAUUAAUUUAACAUUGUUGCAGUUGCAAGAUGCUGUAGACCGUGAAGGGGAAGUACGUGUUGACUUGGCAAGACAGGAACGGGAAGCUGGAGAUGCUGGAGAUGCUCUCACAAGAGCAAGUGUAGCACUACAAAUUUCUCAGUGUGAUGCUCGAACUCAGGCUUUAGCCCUUCUCACACUCCAUUACUGUACUGCACUUCAGUACUGUACUGAUGAUGUUCAGUUCCCUGAUGUUUCAGGGAAGAAAUAUUUUGCACGGGUUAAUAGGAUUAUGACUGAUAUAGGAAAGGAGUACAGAUUAUUACAAGUUCUCUGUGGAGUGGUUAAGGACUUUACCUUCACAAACUGUCAUGGAGUACAUACUGACAUAUCUGCUGUAGCAGAAGCCUUUAUCAUGCUUUUAUUGUGUAAUUCUUGUGUCUCAAGUGAACAGAUAAUAUGUCAUUUAGCAAAGCACUGUUUGUUCCAAGAGAUCAGACAUGCUGAAGAGGUCAUUCACCUCCACCAGACUAGGUAUUGCAGGGAGUGUUCCAUUGGUGGAGGGGAUCCCAGAGGAUUUUCCAGCAUAACUUUUGCUCAUAGCCACUGCCAUGUCUUCUCUGGUGAUUCCUUGUGUUGA